AUGGAUGCGGCCGGUGGCGGGUACGGCGCUAGUCAAAAACGGCCGCGUUCCGGCCCAUCUCCACCCCGGCCGCAACUUCGUCCUAUAAAUAGCAUCUCCGUUCUCCUCGAAAACCAGAAGCAGGAUCAGCAAACCAAACCACAGGCUAAUUCCACCGCGAAAUACAGCCAGGUCUCAGAUUUUGCGAAAAUGGGUGAUGCCAAGUCCUCGUGGCCGGAGCUGUUACGGCGGUCGUCUGACGCGGCGAAGCGGAAGAUCCUUAGUGACCGCCCAGACGUGAACGUGAUCGUGCUGCCCGUCGGUUCCUUCGUGACCGGCGAAUUCAACCCCAAACGUGUCCGCGUCUUCGUCAACUCCUCCAAUGUUGUCGCCCAGAUCCCCAAGAUCGGCUAG